AUGUUAACAAAAUCGACAGAGCUUCCAACACUCGAGGAAUUGGAGGUUCCUGAGAUUAAAAUGACAGCUGUACCACUUCUGGCUGCUGCCCUGCAUAUGGGGAAAUUUUGCGAUCAGCAAUCAAAGGAAUUUAUGCUUUGCCAUCAAGAACACCACGAUCCAAGAAAAUGUAUUAAUGAAGGAAAGGAGGUUACAGAUUGUGGCCUUAAGUUUCUCAAGUUGGUGAAGAAAAAUUGUGCUGAUAUAUUUGCUGAUUAUUAUACUUGCUUGUGGAAACACGGUGGCCCUUAUUUCCAAAUCCAGAAUUGCCGUAAACUACAGUAUCCUUUGGACAAUUGCAUCAAGGAGAAAAUAGGCCUGGAACGACCAGAAUUGGGUUACUUCAAUCGUGUCCGUCUAGUGGACACCAAGCGUCCCAAACCAGUUCCCGGCACAGCUCCCAUGCCAGAACGCCUUCCUGACAUGCCAGAUUGGGACAGUAUGCCCGACCCGGAGAAGUUGGAAGCUCGCAAACAUGUUAACGAAGCCAUGGUGUAG